UUUUUUACAGGUCACUACAACAAUUGGUAAUAUAAAGAUCUGCCGAUGUUAAGAAAAUUUCUACCGGUUAACAUGAGGUGUCAGGGUGUUGGAAAUACCCCGCCAAAUUAAUUUCUGGAUGAAUACAACACAAAGGUAAUGAAAUCAACCGGUGGCUCUUGGAGUCGAAGGACUUCGAAGGACAUGUCGGGCAUCAGACGGCAAAGAAGUCUCGAAUGGAGGGAAAGGGGAUACAGUUCGAGCGAAGAAGAAAUUCCCACAAGGCCCGUCGACAGUCAUGUUUUUGCCUCUCUGUUAGCCCAGGCACAACAGGAAUAUUCUGGUAUAGACCGCUCGUACAGAUCGGACGAUACAGAAGACGCCGUGACAACAGAUAAUCCAACCACCCCCUUUCCCACUCCGCCCCCGACGUUAGUGUCACCCCGGUCGCCCAUUCCUCUUCAUCGACAGGCUUCACCUUUCCCUUUGGAGAACACCAACUCGAGAAGGAUGCAUUAUCAGACACCUCAAGAUAGGCUGAGAGGGAAUAGCGGUGAAAUCAUCUACGCUCAGAGCAACAAAAAGAACACCACAAAUUCAAUAAGUCGAACCGGUAGAAACAGACAUAGAGUGGGAGGAAUGACAUCGAGUAGUAGUGCCACCUCCUGCAAUAGUUGUAGUGACAAUGUCAUGGUUCCGAAUGGGGACAUCUAUCACGAGCAAAAUAAUCAACAAAGAAUAUGUUUAAAUAAUGAAGUCAAUGAAGAGUCCCCACCGGAACCAGCUCCACCUGAAGUACCACCUCGAGGUCCUUCAUUACACGCAGCUUCUUUACGACGAAUAACCGAGUUCGCUUUACAACAGGGAGAAACGAAACCGGUCAAUCAAGAGCCUCAGUUUUUAAGUCAAGGAGGUAAGUUGACUCCAUUAAGUCAUUGUUUAUUAUAA